AUGUCAUCAAUCCAUUCUCAUGAGCUACAGAGCGUUGGGAGCAGGCAAUCAUCUGCAACUCCCAGGUUCGCCGAUGCCGAAAUGGAACCAGAGAGCUCCAAUGCUGAGAUUGAUAUGCGUUCACUGCCACCAACAGACCAUGGCAAGCAAGCCUAUUUGGUCUUGGCAGGUUGCACUCUAAUACAAGCUCCUGUGUGGGGAUACUCUAUCUCCUUUGGUGUCUUUCAGAAAUUUUAUACCACUCACAAAGGAACCGAAGGAUCUCCGGGAGCAGUCGCCACUGUCGGUACCACGCUCAACGGUCUUAUGUAUCUAAUGAUGCCUUUGACCUUCACUCUCCUGACGAAAUAUCCUCGAUUACGCCCGUACACUGGACCGGCUGGGCUCUUCAUUACUGUCGCCAGCCUAAUCAUGUCAUCCUACGCUACCCAAGUCUGGCAGCUCAUCGCAAGCCAGGGCGUCCUUUGCGCUAUUGGCUCAGGGCUCCUCUUUUCACCAACAACCCUUUACUUAGACGAAUGGUUCAUUGCCCGGAAAGGGAUGGCUUAUGGAACAAUGUGGGCAGGCAAGUCGGCAGCCGGAGUGGUCAUGCCGUUCAUCAUGUCCGCACUCCUCGAUAAAUACGGUCCGAGAACGACUCUCCAAGCCUGGGCCGUCUCGCUGGUCGUUCUCACCGCACCUCUGCUCUUCUACCUCAAACCUCGAAUCCCUCUCUCGAGUUCUCACACUCAGCGGCCCCUUUCCUGGAGUUUCUUAAAGAGGUCAGGUUUCUGGAUGCUAGAGAUUGGCAACGUCGUCCAAGCCUUCGGAUACCUGCUCCCAACAACCUACCUCGCAUCCUACGCAAACGACCUCGGUCUCCCCUCUAUCUCAGGUGCUGUACUCAUCGCUGUCGUCGCACUCGCCAACGUACCAGGAUCAUUAUUCUCCGGCUAUCUAGGAGAUCGCCUCCAACCCACAACCGUAAUCCUCAUCAGCUCUAUCGGAUCCACGGUCGCAGUACUGCUCUUCUGGGGUCUCGCGGCCCAAAUGGCACUCCUUGUUAUCUUCGCUGCAGCGUAUGGAUUCUUUGCCGGCGGAUUCAGCUCUACCUACUCUGGGAUUCUGAAAGAGAUGAAGAGGGCGGAUGAAGGCGUUGAGACUGGCCUAGUCAUGGGACUUUUGCUUGGAGGGAGAGGAGUGGGAUUCAUGGCCGCUGGGCCUGUGAGUGCAGUUUUGCUGAAGGGAGGCGAGAGGAUGAUUGAGCAUGUAAAAUGGGGGUAUGAUACGCAGUAUGGUCCGGUUAUUAUUUGUACUGGAGCUACGGCGCUCUUUGGAAGCUGGGGAUGGAUGUGGAAGAUGUUGAAGGCGGCGUUGGCAUGACUCCUGGUAAUAAUUGUUUUGUUUGUUCUUGGAUCUGG